AUGUAUUUUGUCCUUCCUCAUUCUUCAGAUGCUGAACUGGACACUGACAUCGUUGCCGUGCAGCAGGACAUUGUCAACAAGCACAAUGAGCUGCGCCGCUCCGUCACGCCCACUGCCAGCAACAUGUUGAGAAUGAGCUGGAAUAGUGAGACCGCCGCCAAUGCCCUGAAAUGGGCCAACUCGUGUGCGGAACACCACAGCACUCCUGAUGAACGCCAGAUCAGCACCGGUGCAUGUGGGGAGAACUUGUUCUACUCCAGCGCCCCCCUGUCCUGGGAUGCGGUACUGCAGGCCUGGUUCAACGAGGACGCCAACUACCAGUACGGAACCGGACCCAUCGGCACCGCUACGGUCGGACACUACACACAGCUGGUGUGGUACAGGUCUAUUGAGGUGGGCUGUGCUGUAGCCAACUGCCCCCAUAUGGGCUUUAAAUACUUCUACGUCUGCCAGUACUGCCCCGCGGGAAAUGUGUUCUACCAGGGCCACAAUGGCUACGCCUACCCCUACAAGGAGGGCCCCCCCUGCGGCGACUGCCCCGACUCCUGUGACCACGGCCUCUGCACUGACCCAUGCCCCUACAGUGAUAAGGCCGGCAACUGCGCCGCGCUGGUCAAGCAGUAUGGGUGUGGCAACAAGAGCGUGGUGACCUGGUGCCCCGCCUCCUGCCAGUGCAAAGGCAAGAUCAUCUAG